ACUGCCCAUGGGCAAAUUUGCCCAGUAUUGAUAAAUGAGCCCCACUGACUCCAACAUAAAUGCAGAGACCUAAUUGGGACAGGGGACAUCUUACAUGAAAACAGUUUAAAAUAUAAAAAACCUGUCUUACACUCACUAUCAAUGUGUAAGUAAGAAGAAACGUUGGGUGGUUGUUGUUGUUAUAUAGAAAUUAGCUGCACCCAGUGAGAGGCCAGUGAUGUAGUAUAAAGCCAUGUACCUACAAAUGAAGCCUUUAUCUAGUCGUUUCCAGUAUUAAUGACAUAAAUACAUGGACAGGUAUCUCUACAGACACAGAAACCUCUAAAUGUGUGUGUAGUUAUAUAUAAAUACUCUUGGUCGGGUUUAGUAUUGACUGACUUUCUUUAUUCAAGAGCAUAGUAAAAGCUUGCUAUUAAUACUUCUCUCUGCCUAACCGGCUACAAGCUGGGAACAGGGAUUCCCUCUUACGUCACUGCUAGGUUACCAGAUAAACAUAGCAAAGACAACACCUUAUAUGGCUAUGUACGUCACAGGAACUCCGGAGAGGCGGGGCAGGUUUCCCCAGUCUGUAGAGCGCGGCGGCUCUUGCAUUCGUAUUUAGCGGCUGAUUUUCACAAGAUAGAGACAUCCGAACAGCGAGUCUCUGCUUGCUGAGUGUGGGGUUCAUUUGCUUCUCCUGACACGAGAUAUCGGGGACUGCCGUGUGACGUCAGUGGAAGGGGGUGGGCUCAACCAGCAUAAAUAGGCUCAGUCCUGUGCGUUUCAUUCAUAAAUCUAUAAGCCGAGGCUGCUGGAGCUGCGGAGUGUGGGAUUUUCAUAGGAUUCUUGCAUUGUUUCUUCACCUGCUGCUAUUUCCUUCAGGACUGUUUUUAUCCUCAGUGCACUUACUUAUGUUUUGCUCUGAAGCUUGAACUUGUUGGGGAUUCCUUACACUUUGAAUGGGAAUGUGAAUCAACUUCAGGACAAGAAGCCGAACAGAAGAUCCUGACAUUUUGGGGUUGCUCAGAAUUCUAAAGGAUUUGCCCAACAGCACAGGAAAGCUCUGCCCCCUGUCACCCUAACGGUUUUGGCUUUUAUUAUAAUAUAAUUGGAGUUGAGAGAGUGAGGUGUCUGACUUCCCACUGCUGCACUCACACCAACAAGCACUGGGGAACUUUCACAUCGUAUCUGGCUGCACAGGAGGUAUUUGGAAUGUUAUUUUGGGGUUUAAGACUUACAGCUAUUACUGUUUGGAUCUAAUGACUUUAUUCUGACUGGACAUUUGGUGACAGCCAGCUGACAUCUGUAUUGCUGAGAACAAAUUGAACAACAUACAUUUUAUUUUGGGACCUUGUCAUACAAACAUACUAUAUGGAUUGUUGUAUAUUUCAAGAGCAGAUCUAACACAUCCAUUGCAUCUUGAGGGGUCUGUGGUUAGUCUUUGUGAAUACAGUAUUUCUAGCUCCUGUAAGGUCAUGUACCAGGGGUACGACUCCUCCAGCUCUUCCCCCUCUGCGGAGUCUCAGUUUCUGUCAUCAGUGGAUUCUUUUGGGAGCCCACUGGCAGCUGGUGUUCCACAGGAGUGUGUAGCACUAUGUGAUGCCCCCACCUCAUUUGUCCCCACUGUUACGGCCAUUACUAGUAGCCAAGACCUCCAGUGGUUGGUCACCCCAACUCUUAUCUCCUCUAUGGCUCAGUCCCAGCCUACAUCAGGCCCCCCUAUUGACCCGUACGACCUACCAGGCCCCAGUUAUGCUUCUCCUUCUGGGACAACUUAUGGACACACCUUGACUGAAGCCACGCCAGAGCAAGAAGAUGUACGUCCAUCCCGAGCUAGAGGCAAGAGAACCAGAGAGGAAGCGCUUACUCCAGAGGAAGAAGAGAAAAGACGGGUGAGAAGGGAAAGAAACAAACAGGCAGCUGCAAAAUGCAGGAACAGAAGAAGGGAGUUGACUGACAGUCUACAGAGUGAGACAGACCUUCUUGAAGAGGAAAAGUCUACGCUGGAGGCAGAGAUUGAUGAACUACGCAGACAGAAAGAACAGUUGGAGUUUGCUUUUCUCUCCCACAGACCAGGAUGCAAACUGCCUUAUGAUGACUUUGACCUGCCAGCUUUAGAUCCAAGCACAUCCUAUUCCCAUGGAGCCCUCCUGCCCACCUAUCCAACACAAUCGAAGGUAUCAUUCCCUAUCUGUUUGCCCUCACUGCCGGACUCAGACUAUGCCACCAGUGCGGGGUCUUACACAUCUUCAUUUGUGUUCACCUCCCCAGAGGGAGGAGCCUGCGGAGCCCGGUACCAGCGCAGCAGUGGGAGUGAGCGCUCAUCCUCAGACUCACUCAGCUCUCCCUCACUCCUGGCCCUCUGAGACAUGACCAUCUACCCCUCCUCUACACAUCCUCUGAAUUCAACUUUCUGUGUCUCCAUCCAGCUCUGCUCUGCUUAUCCAAGAGGUGCACAAUUCUGGUCCUCGAUGGAGGCUUAAGUGGUCAAGACAUAAGUAUAUUGCUAUCAAUGUGCAGGUGAGUUACUCAGUGGCUCAGUCUUUUUGACUGGCACGUCUAUGCUGUACAAUGGAUAUUGAUAUCCUUAAGACCUGACCAGUUAAUAGUCCACGAGGACAGGAGUUGUGCACAACUUACUUCUCAUUCAUUUGCUCAGUUUCUUCAUGCUAAUGCCCAAUGCCCAUAAGAAAUACUUCAACUUUUUUCUCUUACUGACUUCUUUAACUUAUCGUCUUCAUCCAGCUUACCUUCAGUCUUUUUUUUUUGUUCUCCAACUUCUUUACUCUCAUGAUGAAUUCUUCCAGUCCCUUUCUCACUUACUGUUUAACAUUCAAAAGCAUUUUUUAAAAAUAUUCUGCAUUACUGGAUUUGCAUUGCUUCAACUCUUCAUAUUAUCACACCCAUAAAAUAACUCAAUAAUAUGAUUUAAGACAGCCAGACUCCCCGACACAAAAAACUCUGCCUUGUGGUGGACAAGAUUCAAGUGGCACAAGGAGUUGUGGAGGGAGAAUCAUACAACAGACCCUAACGUUUGCUGUAUGGCAGUUACUGCACUAAAUUUACCCAUCAUCACUUUGCACAAUUGAUAUUAGAUAUUCCCGUCCCCCCAUCAUCAUAAUCUGGUUUUCCUCACUUAUUUCUUCAACUUUGUCUAUCUAAACAUCAUUGAACACAAUGGCCAACAACACCCUCAUUUUUCUACUUAUAAUGUUCUAUAAAUAAUAUUUAACCCAUUAUCCUUAUUUACCUCUCCCAUUCUCAAUCCUGUACCAUGAACAUUUCCUUAAACCCUAAUAUCUUUUUAUGGAGCAUCCUGGAGCAUUGUUAAGAAGUUUGGAAGUUCCACAUUCCACUUCAAAGAAACGGCACACAGUGAUCUUCAGCCACUGAGCUCCAAAGGGACCAAAAUCCUUUAUUUUAAAGGCUACAGAACAUACUUCACAUCUACAAAUGCCAAGUGAUAUGCAAUCAUAAUGCAAGAGUGUGUCAUCUGGAUAAGGAGUGAGAAGAGGGCCGUGUUCACCCUUUCUCAUGCCAGUGAGGGCUGAAAUUGUUUCUCAUACAUUCCCACCACUGCUAAAAAACAUCAAUAUGAAAAACAGUUUUAAUUCUUCUCUGCUGCUGAGACCUGCCAAUAACUAUUUUCCUAAAAGAGAGUAUGCAGAUUAAGUAUAGCCUCUCCCAUUCUAGAAUUAACUCAAGAGUCAGAUAUAUUUUUGCAAAGAGAGUGAAAAAACUGCAAGGAUUUCCUGCUGAAUCUUUUUAACUGCUGAGCCCUUCCAGAAGCCCAUGGACCAGUGUGUAGGUUAAAGCUCCAAUUUUAGGUCAUUGUUGAAAACAAACUUUUUUAAUAACUUAUAUUUUAAUAAAAUCACACACACAUACACACACAUUAUCUGCCUGUCAGUGCCAAUAAGCAGUGUUACUUUGUGUUCUGAACGUAUAGAUUUAGGAUUAAACAUUUAUACACAGACAAGGACUUUGUUCCAAUGGAUGAAGAGAUUUUUUUUUGCAAGUACAGGUAUG